UCCUCAGGGUCAACGCUGCUGCAAAAAUUCACCCUCACGACUGCAACACCAUCACCCAUCGCAUUGCGCUUGCUGUGAACUUGGUCGCGCUUGUCAACAGCUCCCCGGAUCCAUCCACAUCUUAAUUCUCGGGAUCUAGCAAUCAAUCCCGAGCACUCCCUUCCUCCCGCACCCACUCCUCCCGUAGAAGAGCGCUCGCGCUGCAUCAUCAAAGACAUGGCGGAAGCAGGAGGCCCGAUUGGCAUUGCCAAUCUUCCCAACCAGCGCCACAAGAUUGUCGCGAAGAGAGGUGCUGCCUUCACCAUCAUGGUUGCAGGCGAGUCCGGCCUGGGAAAGACCACCUUCAUCAACACCCUCUUCUCCACGACCAUCAAGAACUACGCCGAUCAUCGCCGCCGUCACGCCAAGCAGGUGGACAAGACCGUCGAGAUCGAAAUCACCAAGGCGGAGCUCGAGGAGAAGUUCUUCAAGGUCCGACUCACUGUCAUCGACACCCCAGGCUUCGGCGACUACGUGAACAACCGCGAUAGCUGGCAGCCCAUCAUCGAGUUCCUCGAUGACCAGCACGAGAGCUACAUGCUGCAGGAGCAGCAGCCCCGCCGAACGGAGAAGAUUGACUUGCGCGUGCACGCAUGUCUGUACUUCAUCCGUCCCACCGGCCACACCUUGAAGCCUUUGGACAUUGAGGUCAUGAAGCGUCUGUGCACGCGUGUCAACCUCAUCCCCGUGGUCGCAAAGGCAGACACUCUUAGCCCAGCGGACCUUGCCAAGUUCAAGCAACGCAUCCGCACCGUCAUUGAAGCCCAGGGCAUCAAAAUCUACACACCUCCCCUCGAAGAAGACGAUGAGGCCGGCCUUCAGCACGCCCGAAGCCUCAUCGCCGCCAUGCCCUUCUCCGUGAUCGGCAGCGAGCGUGACGUUUCCACGGCCGACGGUCGUCAAGUCAAGGGCCGCCAAUACGCCUGGGGUGUCGCCGAGGUGGAGAACGAGGAGCACUGCGACUUCAAGAAGCUGCGCGCCAUCCUCAUCCGCACACACAUGCUCGAUCUCAUCCACACCACGGAGGAGAACCAUUACGAGGCCUACCGCGCGCAGCAAAUGGAGACGAGGAAGUUUGGCGAGGCCCGGCCCCGAAAGCUGGACAACCCCAAGUUCAAGGAAGAGGAGGAGCAAUUGAGGAAGAGGUUCACGGACGAAGUCAAAAAGGAGGAGACGCGAUUCCGACAGUGGGAGCAGAAGCUGAUUUCCGAGCGGGAUCGAUUGAACAAGGACUUGGAGCAAAGCCACGCGGUCAUCAAGCAGCUCGAGGCGGAAGUCGAGGGUCUGCAGGGCAGCCUGAGCAGGACUGGAAGGCGUUAGAUGGAGAUGUGAUGAGCGCGUGGCAACCCCAAACGAAGAGGUGAACCUGGAUGGACGGGCAGCAAGCGAUAUCUCGGCAUCCAAUCUGCAUUGGAUGCUGAUCUCGCGGUCUGCCAGGCGCGAGUGCAUGUAGAUAUCGUCCCGUGAGCAGACUAGCCGCGAGUUGUAUGCUUUUCAGUACGUUUAAUGCGAUUUGCUGAUCAACGGGAAGCUUGGACAUCUUCACCAUCCGACCUACUGCAUACGCGGUUGGAAUAGGGUUUGCCAUCCUUUUGGUCGCUGUGGUAGCGAUCCCAACUGCAGGAUGGCACGCACAUAACUUACCUAGCGCUCGGUAGCCGACCGCAUAACAUAUAGAUACUCAGCCUUCCUCGCCCGUG